GCGGAACCUCCCCUCAUUUUCUACCAUGUGUCAGGGGCAUGAAUCAACACUGCCAGCUGAACAAAAACUGCACAGAAAUCUCUUAAUGUUUGAGAGCCAGACGCAACCCAAACCAUCACAGCCAACUACUCUGGGCAUGAGGAAGAGACAGAGUUACAGGCAGUGGAUUAGAGCACAGUGACUUUUAGUGGUUUUAUCUUUCAAUUUGUGAUAUCUUUGGAUCAAGAAGACAUCAGCUUGACUGCGUUGAUGCAUAGAGAUUUCAUUUUUCUUACUCAACCAUUUACUUUAGUGAAACAACCCUACAAAGUUUGAGAAAUCUACAGCAUAAGAGAAGACAUUUUUUUAUUCACAUUUCUUAAUUCAUUGUUUUCAGCCCAGGUCUGGUCUUGUCUAUUGGGAUUUUCAUAGAACAUUAUAUACAUUUUUUCUUAACCAACAUGAAUGGCAGAGGGCAUCUCAUGAUUCUGGCUCUUUGCCUUGCCUGGCUGACAGCAGAUGUGCCUUGCCUUGCUGAGCCUUGUAAAAGUGGAUAUCAGAGGGUAGGGAAAGUAUGCAAAGAUCACGACGAAUGUAGUGAAGAUGGGUUCUGUGGGGAGAAUGCAAACUGCACCAACACAGAAGGCAGUUACAACUGCACAUGUCAUAAAGGAUUCAGGACACAAAUUGGAGUGCAUUUCAAAGCUGACUCAGUGGAGAGGUGCCUAGACAUCAAUGAGUGUAUAGAGAAUGAUUACAACUGCAGUCGCAAUACCAAAUGUGUAAAUGUAAUUGGGUCCUACAAAUGCACCUGCGAUGAUGGGUUUGAACCCUCUACUGGAGCAGAAAGGAUUGGCCAUGAAGGAAUAUGUGAAGAUUUCAACGAAUGUAGAGAAGAUGGGUUCUGUGGGGAAAAUGCAAACUGCACCAACACAGAAGGCAGUCACUACUGCACAUGUCAUAAAGGAUUCAGGACAAAAAAUGGAGUGAAUUUCAAAGCUGACUCAGGGGAGAUGUGCCUAGAUUACAACGAAUGUAGUGAAGAUGGGUUCUGUGGGGAAAAUGCAAACUGCACCAACACAGAAGGCAGUCACUACUGCACAUGUCAUAAAGGAUUCAGGACAAAAAAUGGAGUGAAUUUCAAAGCUGACUCAGGGGAGAUGUGCCUAGACAGAAAUGAGUGUGAUCUCAACAAAACCAUAUGUGACAUGAAUGCACAGUGUGUCAACACAGAAGGUAGCUACAACUGCUUCUGCAACACAGGGUUUGGACUGAAGUCUGGCAAAGCUAAUUACACAGGGAACAAAGGACCAUGUGUAGGUAAGAGCAGGUCUGUGAUAGAAACGAGUGUGAACUCAACAAAAACCAUAUGUGACAUGAAUGCACAGUGUGUCAACACAGAAGGUAGCUACAACUGCGUCUGCAACACAGGGUUUGGACUGAAGUCUGGCAAAGCUAAUUACACAGGGAACGAAGGACCAUGUGUAGAAAUGGACGUGCCAUUAUUCCCUCUGGGAAUCAUACAUGUGAAUGCCAUCGUGGCUUUACAAACUAUGGACACCCCACAGGGGAGGUGUACAGUUCCAGAUUUGCAGUGUGACAUGUUAAAGAGUGCAAGCCAUUUUGAACAGAUAGACCCAGAUCUGCAGGCCUCUCUGGAAUCGAUACACAACCAGUGUAUGUCGUUGUCUCAGCCGGUGAUUGAACGUCCAUUGGAUGGAGAGAAUCUGCUACAGCAUCUGCUGUCUGCUAUAGACAAGCUCCUGUCUGGCGGGCCCCUUAAAGAUAACAGGAAAGUGAGUGCCUUUCUAGAGCUAGUAGAGCAAGCUCUGAGAAUUAUAGGACCCAUGCUGAAAUACCCUAAGACCAGGAGGUCCUACAAACACACUGACUUAGAGUUGUUGGUGCACAGAAAUUCUUCAACCCCUAAGGGACCUCUCAGUUUGUCCUGUCCACAUACUCAGUUAGACUGUCAGUGGGAGACUGCUGCUGGAGAUUCACACUAUCCAGGAUUUGCGACAGUGGCCCUCCUCAGCUAUAAGGAUCUGGAGACAUCCUGCAACCACUCCUUCUCUGGGUUGAGAGCAAAAGACGGCCAGAGCUUCCAGAUCAACUCUAAAGUGGUGACAGCAACCGUUAGUAACAGGAAUACAACACACCUCAAAGAGUCAGUCAACAUCACCUUCUCCCAUCUGACUGCGGCAGUAAAAGGGAACUACACCUGUGUGUACUGGGAAGCUAAGGUGGGAAACGGGUCCUGGUCUGAGAGGGACUGUGUCCUGGUGCAAUCCAAUGCCACCCACACCAUGUGCUCCUGCAAGCAUCUCAGCAGCUUUGCUGUUCUCAUGUCUCUGUAUGAUAUAAAGGACACAUUCCAGCUCAAGCUGAUCACCUGGGUGGGCUUGUCCCUGUCCAUGCUUUGUCUUUUCUUCUGCAUCCUCACCUUCUCUCUGAUACGCUCCAUCCAGAGCACACGCAACACCAUCCACCUUCACCUCUGCAUUAGCCUCUUCAUUGCCCACUUCAUCUUCCUCGUUGGCAUCUCGGCCACAGAUAACAAGACUGGUUGUGCUGUGGUGGCAGGGUUGCUUCAAUUCUUCUACCUGGCAGCACUCUGCUGGAUGUGUAUGGAGGGAGUUCACCUCUUCAGAAUGGUAGUACUGGUCUUCAACAAUACCAUUAAGCGCCUCUACAUGAUGUCAGGAGGCUACGGAAUUCCCGCUCUCAUUGUUGCCAUCUCUGCCCUGUCUAACGCUAAGGGAUACGGCACAGAGCGUGUCUGCUGGCUCAACCUGGAGGACGGAUUUAUUUGGAGCUUCUUUGGCCCUGUUUGUAUCAUCAUUAUGGUGAACGUGUUCUUCUUCCUCAUCACCGUGUGGAAGUUGGCCCAGAAAUUCUCCAGCUUAAACCCUGACCUUGACAAACUCCGCAAGAUCAAGGCAUUCACCAUAACUGCAGUGGCCCAGCUAUGUGUGCUGGGCAUCAUGUGGAUCUUUGGCUGCUUCCAGUUUGAUGAUAACACACUGGCUAUGUCAUACCUGUUCACUAUCUUCAGCAGUCUGCAGGGGGCCUUGGUAUUCCUCAUGCACUGCCUGCUCUCCAAACAGGUGAGAGAAGAAUAUGUCAAGAUCAUAGAAAGAGUCUGUGUGCCAAAGAAGAAGUACUCAGAGUUUUCUUCCAACCAGUCAAGCAACAGCAAAUCACAGACCUCCAAGAGCAUCCAGAACACAGGAGAGUCUCAGAUCUAAAAGGGGCUGGACACUGGUUACUGGACACUGACCUCUGAUGCUGUUUCCACAUUCAGAUUCGCCAGAAAUGCCAUGAAGUUUCAGAACAUUGAACAUCCUGGUUUACCCAAAGGUAUACGUUGGGUAGUACUCUUGUCCCAGAUUAUUUUGUUGGUUCAUGUGAAAUUCUUUGUUCCAAUAAGAAAUCAAAACAACCAAAACAUAAUAAAAGAUGUAAUUUACUGUACAUGUACACAAUAUCACAGCCACAUAGUAAAAUGCACAAGAAACACAAUAAAUAAUACCAUGUGCCUGUUUCUUUCUUUACUGUCUUAUUAUGUGUUGUUAUGUAUGUUUUCUUUUUUUAAAUCUGUUUUCUUUUUACUUUGGAGGUGGGAUUUCUUGCUAGUUUGAGUUACCUGGGGUGGCAGAGAGUUCCAUGUAGGAGCUGAGCAGUUUUGUAUAUAUCUCUGGAAGAUUAUGUAAAUGUUACUGUAUUUUCUUUAUUAUUUGAAGGUACAGUUAAAUAAAUUAAUCAUAAAAUAUUUUUAUUUUAUUAUUUUACACUGAAUUAAUUUUUGCUUUUCAACCUGAGAGGCGACCCUGAUAAUACUAUGAAUAAUAUUAAUAUAAUAAUUUGGAUCAAAUGUAAUGCUAAUAAGAAAGUCAUAAAAAAGAAUAUUAGAAACUGUCAUGGUUGAUUAAAAAUAAUUGUUCAAAACUCAAUCAUCCUCAUCACAAUGAUUUGACACAUGUUACACUUAGGAUGUUUUAUCACAAUGUUCUGGAGGGAGGUGGUGGAAAAAUGGUUAGCUAUGAGACCGCAUCUUGACGGAAACUCAUUCAGCCAAUAAUAUACAUAGUUGUUAUUGGACUUUGUGCCUUGACCAAGAUCACAAUGGUAGAAGGUAAAACUAUUGGAUCAUAGACCAGCAACUUUUUAUUUAGAUUUAUAUGGGAUACCAAUAGAGUCUGCCAGUCAUGGUAUCAUAUGUAUCAUGUAUCAUAUAAAUCCUAUGACAUGUACUGUAUGUGCCUUAUAUGAUAUUAUUUGAAUAGUAUUUGUUGCUGUUGUUCUAUUUACACACGUCUUUCUGUUGCUGUGUCCUAGUCAAAGUGUAACAUAGGGACGUCGCUAAUCCUAUUUUAUUUAAUUUUAUUAGCCCACCCUAAAUAAAUCAAUAUAUUAGUCAAUCUAUUUUCUCUGUGAUUUCUUUUUUUUUUUGUCAACCGUUCCAUCGCAUCUAAACUUCUUACAAACUGUAUAGAAAUUGUAUAGAAUCGUGUUCAUUUGACAGCAUGUUCGGUUGAGUUUGAUGCUUUGAAUGUAACUCGCUCAUCUCAAGCAAGCUCUCUUCUGUAAAUAGUAGCUAACAUCUCCCUGCUAUCUGCCAUCCUCAUUAUCGGAUGUUCCUAGUGUUCAGAUAAGUAAAACCUCUCAAGUUCAAAAUGGAAAUGCGUUGGAAACGGUACGUUUUGCUAAUCAAAAUACUCUUUCAGGUAGCCCACCACCAUUUUCUUUAUAGAAAUGUAUCGAGGUAAAAAA